CGCCCACCCUUUACCAUCGACCUUCUCCUUGUCUCUUCUCUCUCCUCAUUUCUCCACCACCCAAAGGCUAAACCCUAGCCGACAAACUCAACCUACUCUCUGCAUAGCUCAUCUCCCCCAACCCGAAAAUCCGCCGAAAUAACUAUGAUAGCAAAAUUCGUCACUAUUUUGGUGCCAAAAAAAUAAAAUUUUUGUUCAAAAUCACCAUCAAUGGCCUGAGAAAGCUGAGAUUGGAAUAGUUUCGGAUUUGAUUGCAAUGAAAAUUCAUUCUUCUUCCCAUUUUUUAUUCUAAGGUUUCAAAUCCAGUUCGGAUUUGUACCUAUCAAUAUAUUUUUUUUUAUAAUCUAGAUGACAGACGGGAAAUAAGGGGAAGGAAGAAAGAAAAUCAGAGAGAUAAAGCAAGUGAAACUUGAGAGAAAAGCAAAAGAAAAGGAGGUUUUCGGAAAAGGCAAAAGGAGGUUGGGAAAAGGUUGAUUUUCGGAUUAAAAGAAAAGUGAAAAACAAGGUGUUCAGUUUGAGUUUCGAGCCGAGUUCGCCAAUGAAAUCUUGACGAAAAAGCCUAGUUUGCUGCACAACACAAGGUUGAAAACUUGAAAUUGUGAAGUUAGUUCAAGAUGAUUACGGAUUUUUUCAAGCCUAAAAUUACUCCAGAUUUCCCUUCAGUAAGUUCUCCUUCAUAUACUGAAAUUUCUGAAAAUAUCAAUCCUUCUCAACCAUCAGAUAAAGAUAAAAUAUUGAAUUUGGGUUUUCUUGAAUCCGAUCCUGCUAAAAGAAAAUAAAUUUCGGAAUAUACUCCUAAUCAGCGUGAUAGAGUAAGGAGAUAUUAGAUUCAAAAAGGGCCCUGCAUACCUGGUGAGCAUUUUAUUUUUCCAAUAACAAAUUUUGGUGGAAAAUCGUGUCAUUUUAAUCUUGAUUGGUUUGAUACUUCAUAUUCGGGAUGGAUAGAAUAUAGUAUUAAAAAAGAUGCAGCUUUUUGCUUAUGUUGUUACUUGUUUAAAAAUGAGAUUGGUGGAUAUGAAAAAAGAGUCUGUGAUUCUUUUACAAUAGAUGGCUUCAGAAAUUGGAAUAAAGGGGUAGAACGACUUAAUAAACAUGUGGGUGAAGUAAAUAGUGUUCACAAUCGGUGUUUCAAGAUGAUGCUUGAUUUAGAUAAUCAAGCACAAUAUAUAUUAGCUUCUUUUGACAAGCAAUCUGAGAAAACAAAAAAUGAAUAUCGAGUUCGUUUGAAUGCUUCCAUUGAUGUUGCAAGAUAUCUUUUGAAAGAAGGAUUGCCUUUUCGAGGUCAUGAUGAGAGUGAAACUUUUACAAGAAGAGGAAACUUUUUAGAUCUCUUAAAGUGGUACGCAGAUAGGAAGGAAGAUGUGAAAAAAGUGUUAGAAAAUGCUCCACAAAAUGAUAUCAUGUUUUGUCCAAAUGUUCAAAAAGACAUUGUGAAUUGUUGUGCUAAAGAAACGUUGAAAGCAGUUGUUGAAGACUUAAAUGGAGAUUACUUUGGUAUAUUAGUUGAUGAGUCUAAAGAUGUCUUUCAUAAAGAACAAAUGAUCCUUGUUCUGCGAUAUGUCAACAAAGAGGGUAGGCUUAUUGAGCGAUUUCUUAGUGUUGUUCAUGUUAAAGAUACAUCUGCACGGUCACUGAAAGAUGCUAUAUGUUCUUUGCUUUUAGAGCAUAAUUUGAGUUCUUCUCAUAUUCGGGGACAAGGUUAUGAUGGAGCUAGUACCAUGCAGGGAGAAUUCAAUGGUCUUAAAAUUUUGAUUAUGAAAGAUACUCCUUCGGCAUAUAGUGUACAUUGUUUUGCUCAUCAGUUACAAUUGACUCUUGUAGCUGUUGCAAAGAAGCAUCAUGAGGUAGAUCAAUUUUUUGAUAUUCUUGCUAAUAUUUUGAAUAUUGUUGGAGGAUUUUUUAAGCACAGGGAGAUGCUUAGAGAUGAUCAAAUAAAAAAAUUAGAAGAGUUAUUGAUGCUCGUGAAGUUCAUACAGGAAGCAGAUUGAAUCAAGAACUUGGACUUCAAAGGACAGGAGAUACUCGUUGGAGUUCUCAUUUUAGAACAGUGCAUAACUUUAUUAAAUUAUUCUCUUCAAUUAUUCAUGUACUAGAAGUUCUUGCUAAGGAGGGUUCAAAUUAUCAAGAGAAAUUAUUGGCAAAGAGUUUAGUAGAUGACAUAAGAUCUUAUGAGUUUGUGUAUACGCUGUAUUUGAUGUUAAAAUUGUUGGCAAUUGCACAUGAUUUGAAUAUGGCUUUGUAAAGAAAAGAUCAAGAUAUCGUUACUGCUAUGAACCUUGUUGGUUUCACAAAGAGACAGUUGCAAUCUAUGAGAGAUUCUAAAAGGGAUUCUUUGGUAAA